AUGGCAGCACCCACAGCCAGACAGCGUGCAAGAUCGACUCCACCUCCUCCAGACUGGUAUAAAGCUAACUUUGAUGCGGCAAUCUUCGAUGACAUCGGUAGAGCUGGUCUUGGAGUGAUAAUCUGUGACAGCCAAGGACUCGCAAUGGCUGCUUUAGCUCAGAAUGUUCAGUUGGCUAGCUCGGUGGUGGAGAUGGAAGCACUAGCAGCCACACGGGCAGUGGAACUUGUUGCAAAAAUUAGCCUUGAUAGGAUUAUUUUUGAAGGCAACUCUAGCAUUGUCAUCAGAGGCUUAACGGUUCAGGAUGUGGGUAGAGAAGGAAAUAGUGUAGCUCAUAACUUUACUAGGCAUGCAUGGCAUGUCACAGGUUGUAUUGGUUUGACUGACACUGGUUGUGAGCCAGCUAUUACAACCAGUGAUUCUCCAAAAGCAAGCACGAGGGGGUUCAAUGGAAAUUUUGGAAGAUUAAAAGCAAAGAGAGUGAGUGUUGUAGUCAAGAAUACUCAGAUGAAGCGAGAUGUAAGCAAAAAUGAUAACAAACUAUUUGUAGAAGAUAGUUCAUAUGGCAAGUCUAUCAGUUCACACCCUAAACUUAAAGAUAUUGGGAGAAAACAUAAAGAAAAUUCCUUUCGACAUAGAGGAAGAGUUCCAAGAGCUUCCCAAUCACAAGAACUCAGUGACAUGGUACAAAUAACAGGCACAACAGAAGAUUUUGAUCAUUCUGACAUGACCCCGAAACAUGGUUUUGAACAACGCUUAAAGCAUCCGACCACACCAAGUAAACCUUACAAAUCUGACACUAAAACUCAGAUAUCAAGGAUUUCAGUUCCAAGCUCUGCCAGCAACUUUAGAGGUUGGGGCAAGGGAGGAUCCACACGCAACUUCAAAUCUGAAGUGCCUGACCUUCUAAAGCAAAGGUGGAACUUAUCCACUAACGAUGGCUUCUUUAGUAAAAAAUCCUUUAGAGAUUUGGGCUGCAGUGAAUUUAUGAUUGAAUCUCUAAGGGGGUUGCAUUUCUUGCGCCCUUCCCAUAUACAGGCCAUGGCAUUUUCACCUAUUAUUGAGGGAAGGAGCUGUAUUAUAGCUGAUCAAAGUGGUUCAGGGAAGACAUUGGCAUAUCUUGCACCAAUAAUUCAGCGUCUAAGGCAAGAAGAACUUCAAGAGCUUAGCAAAUCCUCAUCAAAAAGUCCUCGAGUUCUCAUCAUGGUACCAACUGCUGAGUUGGCUUCUCAGAUGACAGUUGACCUAUUAUCUCAUGGUUUAUUGCCAGCUCUUCAUUUUGUUUUACCUUGUCUCACUCUGUAA